GCCCCCCCCUCCCGAAGAGCCAAUCUGCGCGUGCGCGCACUGGCCCGCUCUCCUCCCCUGCCAGGACCCGUCGCGGAGGAACAGCAGCCGAGAGCAGCGCCUAGAGCGGCCUCGAGUCAGCCCAGCCGUCGACGGGGCCUCUGUCUGUCCUGCGCAUGCGUGGACCUUCCCGCAGCCGCUGGAGGGGGCGGGGGUGAGAGCAGAGGGGGCGGGGUCUGCUCGCUCGCCCCUCCCUCGCUCCCUUGCAGGCGUCCGGCGCCGCCCCUGGACCUGCGCCCGGCCCCUGCUGCGCCUCCCGUGGGGGGGGGGGGGCCCUUUCGCCUGCCUGCCCCCUUCUGGGACCCCCCCGCCGCCGCUGGCCGAGUCCGUCGGCUCCCUGCCCGUCCGCAUGGCGCUCCAGCUGGCCCCCGCAGACCCCGGCGUCAAGGUGCGGACGUCCCCCCUCCCUGUGUCGCUCGUGGCCGGCUCCCCCUACUCCGUGGUGGUCUUGCAGGAGGGCUACGCCACAGAGCUCCCGGACGGCAGCACUCGAGCGGACGGGACCGUCUCUCUGGUUUUGGGGCCGCAGCUGACCCUGGUGGACACGGGGGGCCCGUGGGGCCGAGAGCGCCUGCUGGCGGGGCUGGCGGGGCAGGGAGUGUCCCCCGGGGACAUCCGGCACGUGGUGUGCACCCACGGCCACUCGGACCACGUGGGCAACCUCAAUCUCUUCCCAGGGGCGGAUCUGAUCGUGGGCACCGACCUCAGCCGGCCCGAUGGCCUCUACCUCCCCAACGGACUGCGCCAGGGCCUUCCCCACCCGCUGCACGCCGGGCACUUGGAAGUGCUGCCCACUCCUGGCCACGCAGGGCACGAUGUCAGUCUGAUGGUGUGGGGCACCAGCAUGGGCCACGUCUUGGUGGCCGGAGACCUUUUUGAGUGCGAGAGUGAUGAAGGGCAAUGGCAGCCACUGAGCCAAGACCCAGUGCGGCAAGAGGCCAGCAGGGCAUAUGCGCUGCGCAUUGCUGACAUCAUCGUGCCUGGGCACGGGGCACCAUUCCGGGUAUUGCGGGAGGGCCCAGGGCAUCCCGGACCUCAGGAAUGCAUGGGUGAGGCCUGCAGGCUCCCUCUGUGCCCCGGAGAGCCAAAGAGCCAUUAAAAGAGUGUAACUCUAA